CUCUCCAGACUUACUCUAAUUGCAUUAGCGUGUGUCUGCACUUUUCCCUCUCUGACAUGAAGGGGCGAGCUGGGUUUUUCCUUUUCUCUGCUUGUAAAUGGUACCCUUAAAGUUCUGAGUGGAUCCAGUUGACUAAAUGAGCAGAAGUGGCAGAAUCCAAGUGUAAAGAUAUAAUCAAAGUUAGGUUACCAUGUGGCAGUUUUGGACGAUGCUCCUCUUGGCCUUGAUGUCCCGAGUAACCACGGUGUUCUGCCAAAGUGGAGACAGUGACUGGGGUUCAGGCUUUGACAUCUACCCUCCCUUAAUGGCCACCAAUAACACAUUGAAGGCCUUUGAUGAUGAGCCUGAAAAUGUCAAAAACAACUAUCUAUUAGCCUCGCCAUCACCGCCCCCCUUAUUCCACUUUGAGCCCCAACCAGAUGACUGCUCAGUCCACUUCAGCACGAAUGGAGCAGUUUCAGCUCGAAGGCUGAAGGCAUUUGAAGAAGAGCUGGACUUUCUACGGGCCAUCCAACAUAGAAACAAGGUGGUGAUGGAGAACUUGGAGCAGUUUGUGGGUUCAGAGCUGGGGGAUCAGAAAUAUGAAGAUGUGAUUAAAGAAAAUGUCAUUAGCGUUCAGGAAGAGCAUAAGGGCUGCAAUGAAGAUUUGGAGAAAGCUGAAGAAGAAUUGAAAAAUCAGCUGAAGGGAGAUGGCUUUGCCGUGAUGCAGAAAGUAAGAGAAGAGUCUGUGGUCUUUGAAGAGAUGCUUCGUGCUGCAGCGGACAUUGCCAGCAGGUUGGAGAGGUCAUCAAAAGUGCUCCAUGCUUCAUUUACUCAGCAGCUGAAGACGUUAUCAGAAUCCACCACUAGGAAAAUGAUGAAAUCAAUUUGAUUAUUUAAUAAUUACACAAACUGUUUUGUUUCCAGAAUGACAGACAUUUUGUGUGUGUAUGUUUUUGUGACUGAGAUGCAGCAGUAUGUCUUCUGAACCUUUAACAGACUCAUGUUAGUAAAGGAAAUGUAUUGCUGAAGAAAGUGAUAAAAGCUAAAAGAAAGGGGAGGUUUUAGAAGUUGUCUUUUCAAGGAAAAACAUAAAGCCAAAUCUUGUUGAAUAUUAUCUUAAACUCAGGUUUUCUUUGAGAGGUAAAUGGCAACAGUGUGUGGUGUGAGAUUGAGCCAAGUCUAAUAUUUAUGUAUAAAAAAAAAAAAACAGAAUGAAAGUGAACGACUCCAUCUGGUUCCAGGGUAAGAAC